AUGCCUCGGCUUGCCUUCCCACUCGCACUCCGUCUCCCCUCACCUCACCUCGCCGCAUCCCCCAGUCGGCCAUUCCACACCUCGCCAUGUGCUCAGAAAAAGUUCAAACCUCAGAAACCGUUCCUCCUCCCCGGUCAGACUUUGGGACAACAGAGACAGGAGAGGAAACGUCUGGAAAAGAAGAUGCUGGCGAUCAAGCGGGGGAGGGCACCUCCUCUCGGUGCCCCCUCGACGCCAGUCAGGCCGGACUCUGAUUGGAGAUCUGGAUCGAGGUCUGCAAGUUGGCAAGAGGAGUCGAGAGGAUCCGGACGGGAAGAUCGAGCGAGGUACGGAUCUGGAUCUGGAUCUAAGCCUCAGUUUCGAUAUGAAGAAAGAUCGAGAUCAGACUCCCCGACCUCGUUCGGGCUCAAGGCUGGAUCUCGAGGGCGGGACUACGGGGAGGACAGGGCAUCGACGGCCGGCCCUUAUGACGAGGACGAACAGAUACCAAGCAGCUUGAAGACAAAUACCUAG